AUGCGUCCAACACAACUUCUGCAGAAAGGACGAUCGGCUUGGAAAGGUCCUUACUUCGUUGCCUUCCCCAACCUGCGAGAGGCAUUGACGAACCAUGUGCCGAUCAAGACGCAGGCGAGGUCGUGUACGAUUUUGCCCAAUUUUGUGGGAAUUCGCUUCAUGGUACACAAUGGGAAAGACUACAUUCCAGUAAAUGUGACGCAGGACAUGGUUGGGCACAAACUCGGAGAAUUCUCGCAUACAAAGAAGAGGUUUACAUACAGGUGCGUCCUUCUCACUGGCUCUUUUUCAUCUCCUAACGCUGAUUGA